ACAUAAGCGUAUGUAGUAAAUUUGGCGAAUGGCGUCUUCGGACAGUUCUCGAAGAAGCUAUCAAGUGUGUACAUCAGGACAAUGUUACGCGCCAGAUUCUUUUUGUCCAGUCAUGGCUGUGACAUUUCACACUCGUGGACGUCAUGGAUAUGCAGUUAAGUUUUCACCUUACUUUGGUCAUAGAUUCCUUUGUGCAACUUCACAACAUUAUGGAAUAGCAGGUGGUGGAACACUAUUUGUACUGGACAUCCUUCCCAGUGGAAUUCAAGUGAUCGGCAGAUGGGAGUGGGGAGAGAGUCUUUUUGAUUGUUCAUGGAGUGAGCACAAUCAGGAUUUUAGUAUUGCUGCAAGUGGAGAUGGUUCAAUACAGAUGUGGGAUCUCAAAAACCCAAAGGGUCCUAUAAAGGUCUGCAAAGAGCACAGUGCAGAGGUGUAUGGUGUUGACUGGAGCUGUAAUAGACAACUUGAUCAAUUUUUAAGUGCAUCUUGGGAUCACAGCAUAAAACUGUGGGAUCCAAAUGGAGCUCAAUCUCUAGCUACAUUUGCUGAUCAUCAGCAUGUAGUAUACAGUGCAGUGUGGUCUCCACAUGUUUCAAGGACAUUUGCUUCUGUAUCAGGAGACAACACCCUCAGGAUAUGGGACAUAUCAGCCCCUCCACAUGCUCAACAGACCAUACAGGCUCAUGAUGGGGAGGUCCUCACUUGUGACUGGGCCAAAUAUGAUGUGAAUUUAGUGGUAACAGGAUCAGUGGAUACAAAAAUCAGAGGUUGGGAUCUUAGAAACACAACAGCCCCUGUGUUUACUCUUGAAGGUCACCAGUAUGCAGUAAGACGAGUUAAGUGCUCUCCCCACAACGGCACCUUAUUGGCAUCUUGCUCCUAUGACUUUACAGUUCGAACAUGGAAUAUUAGCAAUGGAACAUGUCCAUUAGAGACUAUAGAACAUCACACUGAAUUUGUUCUGGGAUUAGACUUUAAUCUUCAUCUUCCUGGACAGCUUGCUGACUGCUCAUGGGAUGAAAAAGUGAAAGUACACUCUCCACCUUCUCUACUACAAAGAUGACCACCAUCACAAGACUUGCAGUAGAUUGUAAUUUAAAAUAUUUUUCUAGGAUAUACACUCUUACAUGACAAAAUAUCCUUUAAUACCUCUGAUACAUUCUUUAGUUUACAUCCCAUAUAAUUGCUUAGAUGAGAACAACCUGUGUUGCUGAGAACUUACAAGUGAAAUUUAACUCUUAAAUGUAUUUUAUUUGUUGAUUUAUGCAUUAUACAUUAGAUCCAACAUUUUGGUUUACAGGAUGUUUUUUUCUUUAGUAAAUAAUUCUAUGUUAUUAAAUAUUUUGUCCAAUAUAAAAUACUGUUGAGAGAAUUUUCUAAAAUUCUCACAUUUGAAAUACAAGAUUUACAGCUGUACAUAACUAUGGUUUCAAGUGUCAUAGCUUGCCUUUGAACUGAAAAUAGAUUGGAUUACAUGUUACAUGUUUGUGUUCUGGACAAGUACUUGAUACAUGUAUGUUAUCUGCAAGCAUUCUGAGCAAAAUGGAACAUUGUUCAAAAAGAAAAUCUACAUUUAAACAGAAAUUAAAAAUAAUUACCACUGAUAGUGACUAAUUCUCUUGCCAACAGAGGCUAAUACCUCUCAGAGAUUGGGUACAAAAUAAUAUUAUAAAAAACAUACAAUUUAAGAGAUUAAUUCUUUCAAAUGUACAGUGGAAAUACUCUCAAGGAACAACCAAUAACUUUGCCUGUAGGGUUACAUAUUAAUUAAUUUGAGAGAAAUUUUCAGUGAAAUAAAUUUAGAGUUGUUUCAACUUUGAAAUAAUUAUCAAUACAUUAUGUAUUUUACUUUAUGAAAUAAAGAUUUGAAAACCAAAUUGACAUUUUUCUUUAUCCUCAUGACUUACCUGCACGAUAAUGUGUUGAUAUUGUAAGGAGAAAGUCUUUCUUGGUCACUCAUGGGAGUUAAGGGUUACAAUUAAUUUUAACACAACUCUAGUCGAAGCUUAUAUUUCUCAUGUUCAAGAACAAUUAUUUAUUAUUAUAUGAUAUCAAUAAACUUAAAUUAAUCCUUCCCAUUCUUAACCAUUCUCAACUCAUGUCUACCCUCUGCCAACAGAUAAUCAGUGCAAGGGUUUCAUUCUUUUUAAAAAUA